GUAGUUUUGAAAUGCAGCCCCAGCGCCCACGUCGCGUGUCCGCCGAGUGGAUACCGUACGACGCAAGCGACGAGCAGGGCCCACCGUCGGGCAUACAAGCGCAAGGUAUCGCGGGCAUGGCCCGCGACGGCGCGACGGGCGAGCCGACGCCGUGGCUGCGCGCGUUCAUCGAAGAGGACGAGCACUCGCGGCUCGAAAUUAAAAAAGAGCGGCACCGCCGCGACAGCUCACGGUACCGCGAGCGCAAGAUCGUCGAGCUCGAAGCGCUUCGGCAAGAGGUGUCCGAGCUCGAAGAGAAGGUCGACUCGCUACAGGAAGCGCGCCAAGCGCUGCGGGCGACCAACACGGGCCAGUACAAGGCGCGCGCGACGCAGGAAAAACUGCAGCUCGGCAAAGCCACCGACGAGCGCGCAGUGCUCGGCCAUACGAUCGAGCAGCAGAAGAACCUCAUCGACUACUACACCAAGCGGCUCGCCGAGACCGCGGGUGACGCAUGACCGCGUCGUAUAUUAUUUCCAUGUUUGCACAGUAUUAAAAUAAUUCGUGUCGCUGCUUUUUUAUUAAUUAAAAUGCUACCGUUUCCCGACAUACGACCAAUCGACUGGCCAUUAAGUCCGAGCUUGACACUAAUUGCUUGUCAAAUGGACGUUCUUGCCACACCCCGGUCGCCCAGCUGGCCAGUCGAGCUCGCCGACGCCUCGUGGGCAUGCCGACGCCACAUACUCCGAGUACAGUAGACAAAGGCGGUGCAUCGUCGCGCGCGGCGAACAUGACCAGCUCCACCGGCAAGAAUGGCGCUAUUUUGAAAGCGCCACGCACGACCAAGGCGCUAUGGACCCGCGCCGGAGCGGCCAAUGUGGCCAAUGCGAGCGACCGCCAAGUCUCACUGCUUACAUUGCCCGUCCUCGUCGUUUUUCGCAGCUUCAACAAUGGCCGCGGCCCUUGUCUAUGUGCUCAUUCUCGUAUGUGGGAAGCUCGUAGUAGUACAUUGAUGGCGUCGCAUGCGUGCGUUGCAUGGACCUCGAG